CGAGAGGGUCAGGAAGGGGCCGCGGCGGCGCGGGGAGCGGGCUGCAGGUGCAGCGAGCUGGAGCCGCUGGGCUAAAGGCUGUCCUCUUUGCCUUCCUGCGCCUUGUCUCGGUCACGGAGCGGCAAAUGGUUUUUCCGUUAGGGGAUGGAGGGCGAGAUGAGGGGUACCCACUGUAGCUCUGAGCCCCGCCAUUCUGCUUCCGGUUCCUCGGGCCACCCGGAUCCCUUGUCCUCCCUGGCUCGUCCUUAAAAGAUGCGGGACCUCGUGGGACAGCCUUAGGCCGCGGGCGCGGGAGUGCGAGCCACGCUGCCGCAGCGGCGACCCGCUCUGCUGAGAGCACGUGGCUGCUCGGAGAAGUGUCCUCGGGGAACUGCUGUCGUGGUGCAUGGGUGACCUUGAGCUUGUAGCCCUUCGAUCCCAGGGCCUACUCGGGCCCUGGUCUCACUGCUGAAAGGGUCAGAGCUGUCCUCGACUCGGUUACGAGUGUGUCCUGGGAAUUUGAUGGGAGUUUCUGUAAGCCCUGAGUGUGAACCCUGGUACACCCUGAUCUUCUAGCGUUGCCGCUGGCCUUGUGUAUGGGUUCUCAGUGUUCCCCAGGCAGAAGCCGCUUGAACACCGCGGGUAUUGACUGAAAGAAUGUUGAUUGCUAGGCUCUCCUUGUUGGAAGGUGGGAGACGCAGGGAUGAUUUCUGGUUUGUGAAGCUGUGGUCUGGAGGCUAAGUGAAAGCUGUUGGGAUUGGAAUUGGCUUUUGCUUUCAGGAAAUUAGUGAUAUGGCUAAAAGGCUGUGCUAUAUUGAUGAAUGCCUUAGAGACCCAUUGUAUUACUGCUUCUGGUGGAUGGUUUUCUAAGGUAGUAGUGGGUAGGGUGAGUAAUAAACUAAUGUUUUGUGACUUGGUUCUUCGGUUAACAUUUUUCCUUUGCUUUCAGCGACCUUGGGUAGACCAGGGAACUUAACUGCUUCUGCUUUCUUUUCUGGGAGGUUGGGUAAGAGAAUUUAAGUAGGAAAUAGUUGUCCUCUUAAAGAAGUACUGGGAUACCUGAUACCUUUAUUCUAGGCUUAGAUACGAGUUGGAAUACUAGAUGAUUAUUCAGUUGCUGCUGAGCUGAGGGAUUUGACUUUAUUGACAAAGACAUUUAAGGUGAUUUCCAGAAGUUGUUUUCUAUUGAAAAACUCAAGUGAGACUAUCUACAGUACUUGUUGGCCCUGCUGGGCUUUUUUUCUCCCUUUUGGAUUAUAAUAAACUCCAUAUACUUCACAAGAAGAUGUAGAAUUUAAAACAUUUCAUCGAAAAUGAAAUAUUUUCUAAAGGUUUAUAUAGCAUAGCACCCUUGAACUUUCUUUAAUGGAAUGUUUUUGGGAAGUAAUGGUUGUGAAAUUAGCCUGUGCUGAAGAUUGUUGGGAAGAGACAAUAACUCCACUAACUCUGCCCUAAGUUGGUGGCUGUUAUUUGCCUCUGAUAAUGUACUUAUCUAUAAUGGAGCAUGGUUCCUGGUGGAACUUGAAUCAGACAACAGUGAAAGCUAGUUAAAAGUGAUCUACAUUUUGGAGCUCUUCUCUGUGCUGCUUGUGUGCUCUCUCAGAUAAACACCGUACAGGUAGAUAGCAAUGACUUCAAGUGGUCCUGACCUUUGAGUAGGGCAGUCUUUUUACAGAAAGCUUAAUGGGAAUGAAGAUUCUCCUUGUUUUCCGCCAGGGCCUUUUCAUUUUUGUAUUUUUUGAAAAGAUUUAUUUGAGGGGAGGGACAGAGGGAGAGAAUUUUCAAGCAGCUUCUGGCUGAGUGCUGAGUCUGUCCUUGACUGGAUCUCCUCACCCUUGAGAUCAUGACCUGAGCUGAAACUAAGACUGAGCCACCACCCAGGCACUUCACAGCCCUUUCAUUUUAGACCCUUAAUGCUAGGAAAGACUUUGACCAUCUCUUUACAAGUCAUACUAGGAGGACACAGUUGUGUGUCCUGAGGGCUCUGCAGAAGUUUUGUAUUCAUGUAACCUUUUCAUUUUCCCCCUGCAAAUGAGUAGGGAAAGAGUUUGCAAAACGGGAAUCCAUAAUCAAUUGCUUAAGAACUUGGAGCCCUACCAGGCUCUUCUGUGUGGCAGCUCAGAAUGAUGGAUCAAGCCAGAUCAGCAUUCUCUACUUUGUUUGGUGGAGAACCAUUGUCCUAUACCCGGUUUAGUCUGGCACGGCAAGUAGAUGGUGAUAACAGUCAUGUGGAGAUGAAACUAGCUGCAGAUGAAGAAGAAAAUGUUGAAAAUAACGUGAGGGGUAAUCAUGCCAGUGUCACAAAACCAAAAAGGUUGAAUGGAUUUAUCUGCUAUGGGACUAUUGCUGUAGUCCUCUUUUUCUUGAUUGGAUUUAUGAUUGGCUACUUGGGCUAUUGUAAGCGUGUGGAACCAAAAGCUGAAUGUGAGAGACCAUCAGGAACGGAGUCUCUGGAGACAGAGGGAACAGAACCUUCAGAAACAGAAGAGUACUUCCCUGAAACACCUUCUCGCUUAUUUUGGGCAGACCUCAAAAAAAAGUUGUUAGAGAGACUGCACAACACAGAGUUCCUCACCACCAUGAGGCUGCUGAAUGAAAACACCUAUGUCCCUCGUGAGGCGGGAUCUCAAAAAGAUGAAAGCCUUGCUUUUUUCAUUGAGAAUCAAUUCCGUGCAUUUCUACUUAGCAAAAUUUGGCGUGAUGAACAUUUUGUUAAGAUUCAGGUCAAAAGCAGCAGUGCUCAGAACUCGGUGACCAUAGUGGACACGGACAGUGGUGUGGUAUACCCGGUAGAGAGUCCUGAGGGUUACGUGGCAUACAGUAAGGCAGCGACCCUUACAGGUAGACUGGUCCAUGCUAAUUUUGGCACAAAAAAAGACUUUGAAAAUUUAAACUCUCAUGUGAAUGGAUCUUUAGUGAUUGUUAGAGCAGGGAAAAUCACUUUUGCUGAAAAGGUUGCAAAUGCUCAAAGAUUCAGUGCAAUUGGGGUCUUGAUAUACAUGGACCAGACUAGAUUUCCCAUUAUUAAUGCAAAGACUCCAGUAUUUGGCCAUGCUCACUUGGGAACAGGUGACCCGUACACACCUGGAUUCCCUUCUUUCAAUCACACUCAGUUUCCACCAUCCCAGUCAUCAGGAUUGCCCAGCAUUCCUGUCCAAACAAUUUCCAGAGCUGCUGCAGAAAAGUUGUUUGAAAAUAUGGAAGGAGACUGUCCUUCUGCCUGGGAAACAGACUCCUCGUGCAGGCUGGAGACUUCCCAGAACAGGAACGUGAAGCUCACUGUGAAUAAUGUGCUGAAAGAGAUAAGAAUUUUUAACGUUUUUGGAGUUAUUAAAGGUUUUGAAGAACCUGAUCGCUAUGUUGUAAUAGGGGCUCAGAGGGAUGCCUGGGGUCCUGGAGCUGCGAAGUCUAGUGUGGGAACAACUCUCCUAUUGGAGCUUGCCCAGAUAUUUUCUGAUAUGGUCUUAAAAGAUGGCUUUAGACCCAGCAGAAGCAUUGUCUUUGCCAGCUGGAGUGCUGGAGACUUUGGAGCAAUUGGUGCCACUGAAUGGCUAGAGGGAUACCUUUCCUCCUUGCAUUUAAAGGCUUUCACCUACAUUAAUCUAGAUAAAGCUGUUCUUGGUACCAACAGCUUCAAGGUUUCUGCCAGCCCACUGUUGUAUUCGCUUAUUGAGAAAACGAUGAAAGAUGUAAAACAUCCAGUUACUGGGCAGUCUCUUUAUCGGGACAGCAACUGGUUCAACAAAGUCGAGGAAUUUUCUUUGGAUAAUGCUGCUUUCCCUUUCCUUGCAUAUUCUGGAAUCCCAGCAGUUUCUUUCUGUUUUUGUGAGGACACAUAUUAUCCUUAUUUGGGUACUACCAUGGAUGUCUAUGAGGAACUGGAAAAGAAAAUUCCUCGGUUGAGCGAAAUGGCACGUGGAGCAGCAGAAUUCGCUGCUCAGCUCAUAAUGAAACUUACCUAUGAUCUUGAAUUGAACCUGAACUAUGAGAUGUAUAAUGACAAAAUACUUUCAUUUGUGAGGGAUAUGAACCGAUUCAGAACAGACAUAAAGGAGAUGGGUCUGAACCUACAGUGGCUGUAUUCUGCUCGUGGGGACUUCUUCCGCGCCACCUCCAGACUAACAACAGAUUAUAAGAACGCGGAGAGAACGAACAGAUAUGUUAUGAGGGAGAUCAAUGACCGUAUCAUGAAAGUGGAAUAUCACUUCCUCUCACCCUAUGUAUCUCCAAGAGAUUCUCCUUUCCGGCAUAUCUUCUGGGGCUCUGGCUCUCACACUCUGUCAGCUUUACUAGAGCAUUUGAAGCUGCGUCAGAAAAAUAACAGUGCUUUUAAUGAAACACUGUUGAGAAACCAGUUGGCUCUAGCAACUUGGACUAUUCAAGGAGCUGCAAAUGCUCUCUCUGGUGACAUAUGGGACAUUGACAAUGAGCUUUAAAUGUGAUGUCCAUAACUUCUGUAAGAUCAUCAGGGUAGUGUGAUUUCUAGACUUGUGCUGGUUGUGCUAAAUUUCUCGUAGGGCUACAAAACCUAAUAUUGUUAAAAUUCUACCCAACCGUCUUGGUACUCCUAGAUGUCUUUAGGCAGCAGCUUUUAAUACAGGGUGGGUACCUGCACUUCAAGUUAAAGUGAAUAACCAUUUAAAAAUGUUCAUGAUAGAAUCUUUUCAGAUCUCUAAAAUUUUAAAUGCUUUGUAUGGUAACUGCCUCUUUCUUGUUAGUUAUGAAAAAGUUAGAACCAGUUACAUGAAUUACUGCUCUAAACCCUAAGGACAUGAACUGGUAUCUUCUGAGAGGGAGGAGGGGGGCGCUAUCUGCUGAAGGUCGAAAGUAGUAGCUUGAUGCAAACCUCUGCUUUCAGUUGAUGUUGGAUAGGAGAUACCAGGUAGCAAGACCUCAUUCUCCAAAUGAAAUGCAUGCCUUCUUUAAGGAUUUAGCUGGUUUCCACAUCCCUGAAUGAAACAGUUAACUUUCGGAAGGGACUUGUUUUCUUGCUCAUGAGGUUUGAAACAGGUCCUUCAGCUGGAUAAAACGAGGUUCAACUGUUUAUCACAGGAGUAAGGCCUUAAUGUGUUAACCUCAAGAUUAUUUAUGAAAAGAGGAGACCAGAAGCCAAAGACCUAUGUUUUCUUUUAAUCUGCCCCUUCCCCAUAAGCCUUUGUUUUAGUUUUUUGUCGUUCUUGUGUUUCCCAAAGUAUUUUGAAAGAGAACCAGCUUCAGGUGUUUAAUUUCAAACUCAGUUUGUCAGAUGUUAAAGAACACACUGCCAAAUUUUGGCCAAAGUGUUACUUUUUUGGAAAAGCUUUCUAUCAUUUUGGCACUGAGAUAUUUAUUGUUUAUUUAUCAGUGACAGAGUUCACUAUAAAUGGUGUUUUUUUUAUAGAAGAUAAUUAUCGGAAGCAGUGCCUUCCAUAAUUAUGACAGUUAUACUGUCGUUUUUUUUUAAUAAAAGCAGCAUCUGCUAAUAAAACCCAACAGAUACUGGAAGUUUUGCAUUUAUGGCCAACACUCGAGGGUUUUAGAAAACAGCCACAAGCCAAAUAAAAAUUUAAAGCUAAAUAUCUGAAGAAUUCCAUGUAAUUGGGGGUUGCAAAUGAAGUUAGACUUUGGUUUAGCCAACCAGAUAAAAAUGGCAGUUCUCCUAAAGGGAAGAAAUUGCGACCAAAUUAUAAUAAAUUAAUGUCAUUAAAGGCUGUGAUAGUACUCGUGUGUGAAGUUUUACAGCUCAGUUUACCCAAGGUGUAACUCUAACUCGAAUUUUGCAAAAUUUCCAGUACCUUUGUCACAAACCUAACGCACAUUAUCGGGAGCAGUGUCUUCCAUAAUGUAUAAAGAACAAGGUAGUUUUUGCCUACCACAGUGUCUAUAUCGGAGACAGUGAUCUCCAUAUGUUACACUAAGGGUGUACGUAAUUAUCGGGAACAGUGUUUCCCAUAAUUUUCUUCAUGCAAUGACAUCUUCAAAGCUUGAAGAUCGUUAGUAUCUAACAUGUAUUCCCAGCUCCCUAUAAUUCUCUUUUAGUUUUAGUUGCAGAAACAUUUUAUGGUCAUUAGGCAUUUGGUGGGUGCAUUCAACCACUACAAAAUAAAAUUACUUAUUCAAGAUUCUUUGUUUUUAAACCUAAUGUAGUAUUUCGUUAUAUUUGUGGUUUCUCCAGGUCUUCUGUUUAGUGGGAUAGUAGUAUACAUUUAUAAUGUUUGCCGUUGACAGAUGAAUUUAACUUUAUCCCCUUAUUUGCAUGUUCUCUCCUGUAAACUUAAUUCUACAAGUUUGAAUCCAGAAUUGACCUUUUAGCUUAAAUCAGGGAAACUGGCCUAGGAGCCUCAGGGGGAGGGGCGAGUGAAAGGUGUAGCAAAGCGAAGCUUGCAGAAAGGAUCUUUGAUCAUGUCUACCUACCCAUUAGUAUGUGGUAGUUUUCUGUUAUAUAUAGAUGGGAACAAAUAAGUUUGAAGCUACAUGAAUAAAUACUUUUAUUUUCUUGUCAGCCAUCAUUAUAAACCUGAUAAUUAGCUGUUUGUCAUAGGGUAGUUCACCCUAAAACCAUCACCUAAGAAAAAGUCCAUAGGGUCUUUUAAGGUUCUUAAACUUAGUGUCACCUGCCUAAGUUAACCUAGAUCUAGAUGAUUACAGCCUCACUGAAUUGCUUCACUGCUCAAUCUGUUUAGUCUUCACAGCAUUUUCUCUUCAACUGGUAUUUAGUGUAGCUGAGUGAAAAGGUCAUAGCUGGAUUCCUGGUUCGGGUAUCACACUUAAUCAUAUAUAAGUGAAAGCUCAAGUAACUUCAAGACAUAAUAUGAAUAAUUUACAGCAGUAAAUCUUCCAUUUACAGCAGUAAAUCUCUUCAAAAACCUCUUUUCUAUGGUGGGGAUUCAGUUACUUCUAAUCAAAAAAGCCAGUAAGGCGUAAGAGGCUUGCUAUUCCUGAAUGAAAUGUGUGUCUGACUAGCAACAGCCUGCUGGACUUACUAAGAUUCUGUCUGGUUAAAGAUGUCAAGCACAUUUUGAAGGUAAAGGAUAAAAGAAGUGAGCUCUAUCAUGACUCACUGUUGUAGAACUUGCAUGACCUUUACUGUUUUCUCUUUGAAUGUUCUUGAAAUUUCAGUUGGCUAAACAUGGCUUAUUAGACUUGCCAACUUACUGUUCAUCUUUAUCGUUGUAAAUAAGUGAUAUGCCCUUAAAAUUGUGUCCAAGCUGGUAUGUGCAACAGGGAGGAAGUUCCUCAUCUGAUUUAAUAAAAUGCUUGAACACCGA